UUAAUAAGGGUCUAAAAACCGGGAACCAAACCUGGAAAACCCGGAAAUAAACUUAGUAUCGGGAUGUCUAUGUCUAUUUAUAGUAACCAAAUGUCAGUUCACAUCAAACCUCCGGUGAAAAACAUGGCAAAAAUAUGCAGACAGAUUUUUACAGUAUUACAGAACCACAGUUUAAGAGGACAAAAAGGACAGGAAUGUUGUGCUUUGAUAUCUUGUUACUAUGGGAACAGAAGGUUUGCUAGUUCAGAGAGCAAAGCAAAGACUGGGAUUUUGAUGUUGAAUAUGGGUGGUCCAGAGACGUUAGAUGAAGUCCAUGACUUUUUGUUGAAUUUGUUUAAAGAUAGGGAUCUUAUACAACUGCCUGCACAAAGUAAACUAGGGCCAGUUAUAGCAAGCAGACGGACACCUAGUAUACAGAAACAGUAUCAUGAGAUUGGUGGAGGUUCUCCCAUCAAGAAAUGGACGACACUUCAAGGACAGGGAAUGGUUGAUAUACUAGAUAAGAUUAGUCCACAAACAGCACCACAUAAGUUCUAUAUUGGAUUCAGAUAUGUGAACCCUCUUACAGAAGAUGCCAUUGAGCAAAUGGAAAGUGAUGGUGUUACGAGAGGUAUAGCUUUCACUCAGUACCCACAAUACAGUUGUUCUACAACAGGAAGUAGUAUGAAUGCUAUUUAUAGACAUUAUCGAAAUCGAAGCUCUGUAAGUCAGAUAGCGUGGAGCAGUAUUGACAGGUGGCCAACAAAUAAAGGACUUAUAAAGACACAUGCUGAUCAUAUACGUGCAGAAUUGGAGAAAUUUCCGGAAGAAGUUAGAGAUGAAGUUGUUAUCCUGUUUUCAGCACAUUCCCUACCUCUUAAGAGUCAGAAUCGAGGAGACCCAUACUCUACAGAAGUUGGUGCUACUGUGUUAGCUGUGAUGGAAGAGUUGGGUAACUCACAUCCAUACCGGCUAGUCUGGCAAUCAAAGGUAGGCCCGUUGCCAUGGUUAUCACCACAGACAGAUGAUGCCAUCAAAGGUUUGGUUGCUAGGGAUAAGAAGAACAUCAUCUUGGUGCCAAUAGCAUUUACAAGUGACCAUAUAGAGACAUUGUUUGAACUGGAUCUAGAAUACGCAAAAGGUCUAGGGGAGGAGCUUGGUGCUAAUAUCCGCAGAUCAGGGGCUCCCAAUGGAAAUCCUAUCUUCAUCAAUGCUUUAGCUAAUAUUGUAAAGGAUCACUUAGAUUCGGGACGAUCUUGUUCAGCACAGAAUGUUCUUCGAUGUCCAAUGUGCACCAACGCUGUGUGUGGUGAAACAAAACGAUUCUUCGAGCACCAGCAAAGAUACAUCAGUAAACCGACAGAAUCUCCAAACAUGAAGUCAGCUGAUAAGAUGUCCCAAACAGCAUAAAAGGGAAAAGGAUAAUUCUAGAUUUGGUUGUGAAGUUGUUAAAAAGUCAAAUAUUUUCUUUGGUUUUAUUUUUUUCCCCUCAUAAUCUUUGCACAUAGGGCCGUCAAUUGUUGUUUUUUUUUACAUUUUGACGAGUUGAAAUCUUUAACCAUUUUACAAAAAAAUAUUUAUUAAACUUUAAAGUUAUUGACAUAGACUGUUUAUGUUAUUGUUAAAACAUUAUGUUAUUUUUUUAAAAAAAGAUAACGAAAAAGAAGAAUGAUAUCUGAAAUCCAAUUGCUGUCAUUACAAACAUAUUUUAGGCAUCAUUUCUUAUCUAAUCUUUAAAACAGAAACAGAUUGAAGAGAAGUUUUUCAUUUACAAAAAGGCGUAAACAAAUUUAAAAAAAAACACACAAAUUUGCUGUUUCAAAUACACGCCUAAGAAAUAAAAGUCGCUUCUAAAGUGCUUGUAAAUUUAAGCUGAAAACAAAUACAAUGAAGAAUGUGUAGUGUAAUG